UCACGGUUGAAGCCGUACCUGUGACGCUCAAUCUGGUCAGCCCCGUCUUCUUCAGCUUCAUCACCGGCCGUCAGUGGAUUUAUGCUUUGAGUGAAACUGCUUUCCUCCGAAAAGCGAAGCCUCUGUGUCAAUGUCUUCCUUCUUCGGAGUCCUCGUUGGGGAAUAUGCUUCUAAAUUGCGAAUACCUCCCCUGUUUGUCUCCAGAUUUUCUAGUCUUGCACCAAAAACAGCAACACUUCUUUAUUCUUCAAAAAGAUUAUGGACGGUUGAUAUUGAGGAAGAAGAUAACAAAAAAUUGUAUUUCAAAAGAGGUUGGAAUAUAUUUGUAGAAGACAAUGCUUUAGAAACUGGGGAGUUCAUAGUUUUCAAAUUUGAUGGGGAUUCAACAUUUAAAGCCAACAUCUACGGAAAAUCUUACCUCAAAAGAAAAUCCUCAAUGUCAGUGUCUUCUUUCUUCAAAGUCCUCAUCAAUGGCGAGUCCACUACUAAAUUGAGAAUCCCUUUAUUGUUUGUCUCCGGAUAUUCUACUCUGGUCCCAAAAACAGUAACAUUUAUGAGAGCUUCUUCAAACAGAUCAUGGAAGGUUGAUAUUGUGGAAGAAGAUGACAAAAGGUUAUAUUAUAAGACUGGCUGGAGUGAAUUUGUAGACGAUAAUGCUUUGGAAAUUGCACAUUUUUUAGUUUUCAAGUUUGAUGGGGAUUCAACAUUUCGAGUUAAGAUCUAUGGAAGCUCUGCUUGUGAGAAGGAACUUGAGAAUCAGCCAUGUAUCAAUCAGAAAUACUGCAUACAGUAUUAUAAUAAACAAACAACAACUCUAGAUCAUCAAGAAAAUCUGAAAGGAAGUGAUCCCAUUGAUGUUGAUCGACAAAAGUCGAAGCCAAAUGUUGAGAUAACGGAGGAGAGGGUUGAUCAUGAUGAUCGUCAUGAAAAUUCUAACCAAGAAACAGAGGCUCCGCAGAAAGAAGCUGAAGAACAAAGCGAUGAAACUAUUGCUGUUCAACCUGAAUCUCAUUGCCCUCUCAAGAAAACUGGCAACAAGCAUGAUGGACCCAUGCGUAAAGCAUCAUCUAGUAAAGGCCUCAGUUUGGAGUCUAAGAGG